AUGUUAUCCGUAAUUUCAGUAAAGGGACAGUACUCGGAUCAGAUAUUUAGAUUAUUAUCAGAUAGAUCACACUGGUCUCUGAGGGACAGGAUUUACACUCAACCACAGAUUAACUGGGAUGACGAAUCUGUGCUCAUUAUCACUUCCGGUUUAAAGGAUUGUCUAAGAAAUAUAGAAGGAAGCUUGCUUUCUUCAGAUUUAUAUGAAAAUUGGCUGACUAUACUGGAUGAAGAAUCUCUGAUGGGAAAAAUUUCUUCUAUAAAAAGUAUUCUACCGAAGAUGCCACAAGCAAACUACCUCAUUUUAAAACAGCUCAUCUAUGUACUUUUAAAAAUUAAAACCACUACCAGGAAUCACCUAGACAGCUAUGUCUUAUCUGUCCGCAUAGCCCCUCACGUGCUGUGGGAUCCAUCUCGUAGGAGCACAUUAUUUGGGACUGACCUACCAAAAAAGAUGUUUAUUUUAGAUAUAGAUGUUUUAGCCAACAGUAUGCUGCAUGUAGAACAGUAGUCCAAGAAGAUGACAGUGAAGUUGAAAACAAUCCCAAGUACCUAGUGCUUUGUUUGUUUUCUAUUGUAGCCAUACUUUGGAGCAC